CGAGUUCCUGCCCGUAUCUCCCAAAGUAUGAUUUACAAAUGACGGCCAGAAUACGUAGAUCGAGUCAGGACUCUAAGUGUGAACAUAAACAAUCGAAAAUGGUGGAGAAGAAGUGUAUAGAGGAACGGAAAAAAGACAGAGAUCAAGCUCCUACUAAGGUUGUUAUCCGACGCUUACCACCAACUCUUUCACCUCAGAUAUUCUUGGAACAAAUUAUGCCACUCCCUGCUUAUGAUUAUUUCUAUUAUGUGAAGGCAGAUAUGAGUCUUGGCAUGAAUGCUUUUACUCGAGCUUACAUCAAUUUUCCUUGUGGAGAGGAUAUUUGCACAUUUAAAGAUAAAUUUGAUGGAUAUGUUUUUGUGGACAAAAAAGGCAAUGAAUAUCCAGCGGUGGUAGAAUUUGCUCCAUUCCAAAAAGUUCCCAAGAAAAAAAUGAGGAAAGCAGAUACCAAAAAAGGAACUAUAGACCAAGAUUCUGAAUUCCAAAAGUUUGUUGAAAAUAUAAAGAAUCCUCAUUCUGAACCAACUGUACCAAUUGAAUCUUAUUUGGAAGAACUGGAGAAUAAAAGAAAAGAGCUAAAAGCCAAUCAUGGUGUACCCAAGAUGACAACUCCAUUAAUUGAAUUCAUUAAACGUAAACGAGAAGAAAAGAAAGCCAGUUUACAAAGACAGAGAGAAGACCGGAAGAAGCGAGAACAAGAACGCAGAAAGGCAAGAGAUGAAGAGAAACGACGUCGGAAAGAGAAAGAGAAGAGAGAUAAAGAAAAACUGAAAGAAAAAGAACUGAAGAAAGAUGAGCAACCUAUCAAGCUUUUAAAGAACCCCGAACGAGAAAUGGAGAAACAAAAGGAUGAAUGCGAUUUAAUGCGGUGCAAAGAUGAAUUGGAUAAACCCAUAAAAGAGAGAGAAAAACUCCGCUUUUCAAAAGAAAACCGUGAGAAAAUCAAAAUAGAUCGGCAAGGACAAGAUAGGCUUAAGACUGGAAGAGAGGGUCGUUUUGCUGAGCGUAACAAGUAUUCCAAAGAUGACCGAAUAAAUGAUAAAUCUGAAAGUAAGUUUAAGCCUAAUAAAGAUGACCGGUGUAUGGACAAAAGCAAGAACAGAGAUGAUAAAGCUGAUCGGCCGAAGUCAAACAGGGACAAAUAUGGUCAUGACCGCAACAAAUGUUACCAAGCUAAUGGCAACAACAACAACAGUAACAAUUGUCGAGAUGAUAAGAAGUCAAGACAUGACAAACAAUCCAAACAUGAGAGACAGGACAAGUUUGAUCGUAUCGAAAGACAGGACAAGUUUGAGCGCCAUGAGAAGGCAGACAAGUUUGAGCGUCACGACAAGCCAGACAAGUUUGAGCGCCAUGAGAAGGCGGACAAGUUUGAGCGUCACGACAAGCCAGACAAGUUUGAGCGCCAUGAGAAAGCAGAGAAAUUUGAACGCCAUGAGAAAGCAGACAAGUUUGAACGCCAUGAGAAAGCUGACAAAUUUGAGCGCCAUGAGAAAGCUGACAAGUUUGAGCGCCAUGAGAAAGCAGACAAAUUUGAGCGCCAUGAGAAGCCAGAGAAAUUAGAGAAGCCAGAACGUACUGAGAAACAAGAGACUGAUGAUUUUGAUAAGUAAUUAGACAUUAAUUAUAUUAACCAUGUU